UUCAUUCAUCUGUCUUUCUUGUUCUAAGGUGAAAUUGUUUAGUUUAUUUGCUUUGUUUUGCUUAUUUUUCCAUGUGGGUGUCCAUAAAUGCUUCCAAGAUUCCAUCUUUACUCUGUUAAUAAAAGCUGUACCUCUUGGUUGCUGAAACUGAGCAUUUUUCUGCUUGUUUAGCUUUAGUUUGACUGAUUUCCAUUUGGGUGUCUACGAAAUUCUUCCAAGAUUUCAUCUUUAUUGUACCCUGACUCUAUUCAUAAGUUGUACCUUUUGGUUGCUGAAACUGAGGAUUUUUCUGUUUUUCUUAGCUUUAUUUUGAUUGAUUGCCAUGUGGGUGUCCAUCAAAUUUAUUCAAGAUUCUAUCUUUAUUGUGCCCUCACUUUGUUCAUAAGUUGUACCUCUUGGUUGCUGAAACUGAAGAUUUUUCUGCUUGUUUAGCUUUAUUUUGAUUGGUUUCCUUAUCGGCAACUAAGUUCACUUACCUUUCGAUUGAGUCUUUGGUUAAGAAAGGGAGAUUUGAGGGGACAUCACUAAUUGUGGUCUAAUCGUUACUACUGAACUUUUGAGGGUCUUGUGAAGGCUGGGUGCUUUUGAAGUUACUAGUUAUUAUGCAUUCAUAGGUGCUUUUGGUGAUCCUGAUUGCGAUUAAUGAUUGAGAAGUAUAUGAUUAAUCUAGAAUCCAAAUUUAUUGUAUAACAAUUCGUGUAUUCUGCUUAAGUAUAUGUAUGAACUGUUGGCAACGAGGACCAUGAAAUACAAAGCAGUUAAAAAAAAACUUUUAAUUUGAAUCACAAAAAGACAAUUGCUAAAUGCCUAAAUCUGAGCACGAACUCGAGGGAAAGCUAUGGAGCACAGAUGACAAUACCAAAGGACGGCUAAGCGAGGCAAAGCACUCAACAUGCUUUGCGCUUUGUUCAGGGCUUAAGUGCUCUUUAAGCACGCCUUUGGUUUUCGGUUAGUGCUUUGUUAAAUACUUUUUCGUCUCUCCGGAAACAGCUGGGAAUUUUGCUUUUGGCUUGUACGAUCUUGUAGAUAACCAUGGCUACCCCAAAUGGGAUCAUUUAUUAUUCUGCUAAAUCACCUCAACACCCAAAGGUUCACACCCACAGUCAAGGGACUGAACAUAGCAAACACAAUGGAUAUUCUAAUAUGCCAAGACUGAAGUUUUCUAAUAAGAGGUUCUGGGAGGCAUGCGGAAAACUAAGCAACCGUGUCAUCUUCAGGGGAUCUCCUGUGUUAUGUCUCUCAACAGAAACACGCGACACUGAGACAGAGUGUGCCAGAAACAGUGAUGAUUGUUCCAAUAUAUCUAGUGUACAAGAAAAUGAUCAAGCAACCACAGUUGGGAAAGUUAUUCCUUCAAGUCAGGCAAUUGCAGAAGCUUGUAAAUUUGCUUACAACGAUGCCAAAUUUGUGAAUGAAAGGGCGAAGAAUGAUAUUGUGCUGCUUUCUCGGGAAUUAAUGAGAAUGGAUGCCCGUGCGCGCCAAGAUGUUGCAUUUCUUGGUUCAGAGUUUCUUAAGCUUGAUGCUCGGGCACGGGAAGAUACUGAGAAAGUUGAUCACAAUGUAAAGAAAAGAGCCGAAAGAAUCCAGCAUGUUGCCACUAUUCUUAAAAACAUAGCUCAGACGAGACUGAAGAAAGCUGCUGAUCGACACUGGAGCGAUGGUGCCUUGGAGGCUGAUUUAAGACGUGCCAACUUUGUGGCAAAACAGCGCGCAAUGGAGGAUUCUCUGAUGGCUCUGGAGUUUGUCAAGAACAUUCAUGAUAGGAUGGUGAGCAAGAUGUGCAAAUUGAAAAGAAGUUCCAUAGAUACGGAGAAAACUAGGCAUAUUACACUAGAGAAGAAUGGGAAAACUCUGGAGUUUCUUCCUGGGGAAGUUUCAGCUGAUCGCCUCACUGCUAUCCAGGAAGCAUAUUGGGAUAUAGCAUCUGCACUUUCCGAAGCUGAUGGAAUUGACUAUACUGAUCCAGAAGAGCUCGAGUUGUUGGUAGCAACGCUUAUAGAUCUUGAUGCAAUGGAUGGUAAAAGUAGUGUAUCCUUGCUGGCCGAGUGUUCAAGUUCUCCUGAUGUGAACACAAGGAAAGCAUUAGCAAAUGCACUUGCAGCUGCUCCGUCCAUGUGGACUUUAGGAAACGCUGGCAUGGGAGCGUUACAGAGACUAGCAGAAGAUGACAACCCUGCCAUUGCAGCUGCUGCAUCGAAAACCAUUCUUGAAUUGAAAAGACAAUGGGAAAUAGGAGAGGGAGAUAGCUGGAGGUUCAUGGUGGACGAAGUGUCACCAGGGGAUGUAGGGAGUCAAGAUGACAACAACGGGACAUAUUAGAAGGUGCCCGUAACUCAAUACUGUAGAUAUCUAGAUGAAGGGACUAAUCGAUAUUCGCCCUGUGAAAAAAAAAAUAGUUCAUAAGCUCUACUUACAUUAGAAAAAAAAAUGCCAAACUGAUUCAUCCUUUCAUGCUAUGUAACUUGUUUGUAUCUUUGGAUCAUUGAUAUUUUUAUCAAUGUAUAAAAAGUCUAAAGCAACACUUUAUUCUUCUUAUAUACAAAGCAGAUUUCUGAUAAA